UUUCUACAGUGUGUCUGUGUGUGUGUGUGUGUCACGGAGACCACCAGACAGGAAGUGACACAAGAUGUUACCUGAAACGUAGAAGGGGACCUUUGUCGGUAAGCUAGGACCCACUUCCUCCCAAAAACACACAAGUUGCUGUGUUUUUCAUGUACCUCAGCCACACUGAACAAUGAGCAUGCAGGAGAACUCAUGCAAACCUGCAGGCAUACGACACCUACAUGAAAAUCACACAGACACUGUUCUGAUACCAUCAGCCUGAUCCGUACAGUAAAAGACCCCAAACACACCCACUCCUCAUGGUCUAACUCUCAAGCUGAGUAAAGGGGUAUUUUCAGAGAACGACUAUAGAGUGUGACUUCCUUUUUAACUAACAUACCGGGAGUAUUCUAGAACAGCAGCGCUCAUCAAAGGAAAUCUCUUCUUUCUCUUCUCUACUCUUCUCAGUGUGUGUUUGUGGGUCUAGCUAGCUACCAGUCAAUCCCUUAGAGAUAGGUAGGACGUACAGCCAGAGGAAACAGACAUACAACUUCUAACAGAGAUGUCUGGUGGUCCCCUCUCCUCCUUCUCCAAACAGGGAAUACUCCUACUCUCUAUCCUCCACUAUGGUGUGGGUAUUUCUCUGUUCAACAAAGCAGUGGGGGACUCAGUGGAGCUGCCCUCAGGCUUAGAAAGGGAAGGUAUCAAGUCAAUGGAGUGGAAGUAUAAAAAAAUGGUCAUUGUAGAAUUUGAUAGGAACAUUUCCUUACCAAGAUCACAGUUUAAGGGGAGACUAGAGAUGAACGAUAGUAACUUCAGUUUAAUAAUAAGAGAACUGACACUGCAAGACUCAGGGGAAUUUCUAGUUUCUGCCGCAUCAAACAAAGAACAGAUUCCAACCAAGACCAUCCAUCUUCAAGUCCAUGAGCCUAUAUCCAAGGUGGAGAUCCAGAAGGAGAUCAAGCUAUUGGCCAACCAGUCCUGUUCAGUGUGGCUGCUGUGCAACGUGUCAGUCGGCUCCAACCUCUCCUACACCUGGGAGAGAGGGAAUGAGACGUACAGGGACGACCAGCAGAUACACUUCUCUCUGUCACCAGCAGACGGAGACAUCAGUGUAACCUGCACUGCCUCCAACUCAGUCAGUGAGAAAUCUGCCUCGGCAACAGUAAAGUGUAGUAAUGACACAACCACCCCAGAGUAUGAUACAUGGAUGGAGUGGUAUAGGAUCUACAUCGUGGUACCAGUAGGCGUCACUGUGUUGCUGAUCCUCACUGUAGCUGUGGCAGUGUAUUACUGCAGGGGGCGCUGUAACACGGCUGAUCUAACUGACGACACAAGAAUGAAAGAUACAAGAACAAACAGUCAGGUAAUGUCCAUCUAUGAGACCGUAGAAGAUCUGGCUGUCCCAAUUCUGAACAUGCCGCAGACUCUAUAUGACAAGAUCACAUUUGGACGCCAGCCAGAAGACCCCUCUUCUUCCUACCAGGAAGUACUGUGAGCUGAACAGGAUGUGGUCAUAAGCUGGGCUUCUAUAGAUAUAGAACCCUCUGCAUCUUCUGCAUCCUACAUGUGUACCUUCUGUAAUAGAUGUUACAGUUUCAUUUCAUCACAACCUGCACAUUUCUGUUUUUAUUUUCUUACUUGUUCAGAACUGCAACCUUCGUCUGUUCAUGGUCAUUGUGUGGUACAACUUAUUAUUUUUAUAUUAUUUUCAAGAUAGUCAGUGUUACAUAACUUUUUGUUAGGUUCUAUUGCAUUCUAUUGUUGCAUGAACUGUUUAUAUUUGUGUAUUAACGACUAAUGGCAAUUCAAAACUAUAUUCUUAAAGAUUACUUGUGUUUCUGUUUGGAAACAAGUUAUUUAUGUUUGUAUGUAUUGUAGUUUAGAUGUGUCUAUUGUACAGUAAAAGAUUUUACAUUCCACAGACAUGCUUUGUAGAAAUCACAUAGGCCACAUUCACAUCAAUUCAUCAUAUACUCACAAACUAUUGUUGUUGUUGUGUGAAAUCAGACAAUGAAUAGACCUUAUUAAUACAAUAAUACCGUCUUUACAUAUUGAGAAAAGGGAGAGAACAUCCUAAUAAAUACAACGAUUUGUAGAAAUCAUAACGCAUAGAUCAUAUACUGAUUCACAGUAAAGAAAAAAUUGCAGUAUUUGAGAAAGGCUACCUUCAAGUGAUAGAACAACAUUAAUUACAACAGAAAUCAAAAUAUAUUUUCAGGUGUGUGAAUAAUAAUAAUAAUAAUAAUAAUAAUAAUAUAUGUAUUAUAUACAGCACUUCCAUUUAAGAACCUCAAAGUCACUGUAAAAAACUGAUUGGCUUCAACAGCUUCAGAUGAUAAGGCAUUGAGGUAGUAUGGGUAGGCAGUAGCUUAAGUGGGGGAGCAUACAGUGGCUUGCGAAAGGAUUCACCCCCUUUGCAUUUUUUCUAUUUUGUUGCCUUACAGCCUGGAAUUAAAAUAGAUUUUUUGGGGGG